UACACUUCUCUCGGUAGCCUGGAGGACACGCAUCCGAAUCCAGAACUGCGUAUAAUCUCGCCCACGGGUCUGACGGCCUACCAACCGGCUUAUAUGCUGAAAAAUGUCCUCUCCGAGCGGUCAGGUCGGGAAAGUUCCACGGCGAAAUCGAAGUUUACCUAA